GUCAUUAAAAAGGUAUAACUGAGAGGCAAACUUGUUUACCGCACCCUUUAGAAAUAACAUUGCUGUGAACCCAUCUCCUAUGCGAGUUUAAAUAGUCGUAAAUCUUCGAGAUCGCUGGGCCGAGAAUUGACACCUUCCUUUGUGAACAUUUAAAAAUGUUCAUGGGAAUAUACGAUCGAUCAGUGGAGUAAGGAAGCUUGUAUCUUUUUCGAACAAGUGAACGAUAUUCAUGGAGAUGCUUUUUGUCAGUCUGCUGUUUAUCACAGCCCUUACGUCGGUAAGGGCGAAAACUUAUGCUGAAGAAAACCAUUGGGCUAAAGCUGUUGAAGAAAAUAAACCAGCAACAUUGAAGUGCAAUGAACGUAAUUUAAAUAUUGACACAAAAAAUGGUACAGGUAGUGUGCAGUGGGAGAAACCUAACGGCGUUAGAAUAGGGGCAAGCGACAGCGAUUUCCUCUUAGAAAAGGAAGGAGGAUACACAAAUAUGGUACUUAAAAUCCACAGAGUGAACUCAACAAACAGUGGUAUUUAUAAAUGCAUGAUUAAUGGGACGGGUAAGACACUGGUCCGUGGUAUCAAUGUUCGUGGUCCGGUAUAUACCAAAUUUCUCGAUCAGUACGAAUAUAAUAUAAUUGUGGCAGUAGUCGCAACAGUGGUAUUUCUUGUACCACUGCUUGGCAGUUGUGGUGUGUACAAAUUUCGGUACAUUGAAGAUGAAGAAGAAAAACAAAACAUGUUCAACAUGAGGCAUGGUGAAAUCGACAAUGGACAGGCAAUGAUGGAGAAGAAGACAAUAGCUGCAGAGGUAGAAGCAAAGGAAGGUGGAGGAGCAUAUGAUAAUGUAGACUUUAAUUCGGAUGGUAUUGAUACAAAACUGUAAAAUACAAUUUGAUACAAAACUGUAAAAUGAAAAAUUCAAAUAAUUCAAAGCAUUUAUUCCUUAUUAUAUAUCAUACUGUAUAGAGGCAAAUAUAUCAAUCAAUCACUGAAGAUACCAUUUUUGCUUAUAAUCAUGCAAUUCAAAGUAUUGUCCAGAUUAUCCACACAUCAUAUAUAUGUCCUAUUUCAAAGGUGUGAUUCGAUUAAGGUACCUCCUACAGGGUCUAUGCAGACAUAAUCGCCUAUGUAUAAAAUUAAACGUUUUAUUUCGUGACUCUGUACUGUUUACAAGUUUUCUUUUCUGUAAAUUUAUAAUAAACUGAAUCCACGCAA